UGGUUGAACAAAGAAGUCAAAGUUUCUGGGGAUUAAUCGCAUGAUAAAAAUUUUAAUUUUUUAUUUUGUUUUCUUGGAUUUGCCAAUAGUUUUCUUCCUCAGGAUUUUUCAGUAUAAUUCCAAAGGUCACAUUUCUACUGUUGUAACAAGGGAAAAUAUCCUUUAUUACUUUAUUAGAGAAAAGCUAGCUUGUGUUUUGUUCCAAUUAGUUGAAGAGACAUCGGAAGUUAAAUUCUCCAUGUGAGUUUUAGCUUGGGAUGUCUCUGGUAUUUUAUUGCUUAUCGUAUGGAGUGGCUUUGAUGCUUCUAUUCUAGAUAUCGCUCGGGUCGGUUGGACCAUUUUUAAAUUCAAGCAAAGAUUAAAAAUCUUCCGAGCGUGGAUCAUCUCUUUAAUGGACAUGCGGAGUGAUAGAUGUGGCUUGAAUUUGGUUUAAUGUAUUGUUUGACUGAGAAUCGUUUGUUCUCUAUAAUUGAUGCUGUGUUUCCUUUAUAUUGCCAUAUUAGGUAUUGGGUUCUUAAACUGCAGGAGGGAGCCUUUAUUUUGCCAACUUAAAUUAUGAUCAAACAGAUACUUAAUAAGCUCCCACGCAAGUCCUCUAAGUCAGCUGAAAAUCGUGAAGGAGGGGGAACCUCUACCUCCUCUUCAAAUGCUUCUACUAGUUCAAGAAGCAGUGAUUUAGCAAGUAAUCGAUAUGGGAAUCCAGGCACUACAUCUUUUCCAGGCUUUGAUUCUUCAAAUAUAGGAUUAAAUCAUGCCGGUAAGCUUAUGCAAGCUGUGGACUCAAAGCUGAAUGGGAAUUUGGCAGCUUCCUCGUUUGAGGCUUUGCCUAGUUUUAAAGAUGUUCCGAAUUCGGAGAAGCAAAACUUGUUUAUUAAAAAGCUGAACUUAUGCUGUGUUGUGUUUGACUUUACUGACCCAACAAAGGACCUUAAAGAAAAGGACAUCAAGCGACAGACAUUGGUUGAACUUGUGGAUUAUGUUGCUUCAGCUAAUGGGAAGUUCUCAGAAAAUGUUAUACAAGAGAUAAUAAAGAUGGUAUCCAUAAAUUUGUUUAGAACUCUCACUUCUCCACCCCGCGAGAAUAAAGUCUUGGAAGCCUUUGAUAUGGAAGAGGAGGAGCCGUCAAUGGAUCCUGCGUGGCCUCACUUGCAAGGUGUCUAUGAAUUUUUUUUGAGAGUUGUGGCGUCACCUGAGACAGAUGCGAAGUUGGCUAAGAGGUAUAUUGAUCACUCAUUUGUUCUCAAGUUGUUAGAUCUUUUUGAUUCCGAGGACCCAAGAGAGAGGGAUUACUUGAAAACGGUUCUGCACCGUAUUUAUGGGAAAUUUAUGGUGCAUCGACCAUUCAUCAGGAAAGCAAUCAACAACAUCUUCUUUCGUUUUAUCUUUGAGACUGAGAAGCAUAAUGGGAUCGCAGAGUUGUUGGAGAUUCUGGGUAGUAUAAUUAAUGGGUUUGCACUGCCGCUGAAAGAAGAACACAAACUCUUUCUUGUUCGGGCACUUAUUCCACUUCAUAAACCAAAAUGCAUUCCCAUGUACCAUCAGCAGUUGUCUUACUGCAUAACCCAAUUUGUGGAGAAAGAUUGCAAACUUGCUGAUACUAUUAUACGGGGUUUACUAAAGUAUUGGCCAAUUACAAAUAGUUCUAAGGAGGUCAUGUUCUUAGGUGAGCUGGAGGAAGUUUUAGAAGCAACUCAGCCUGCUGAGUUCCAGCGGUGUAUGGUGCCCUUGUUUCGCCAAAUUGGCCGUUGCUUGAGCAGUUCACAUUUCCAGGUGGCAGAGAGGGCUUUGUUUUUAUGGAACAACGAUCACAUUGAGAACCUGAUCAAACAGAAUCGCAAUGUUAUACUGCCAAUUAUCUUCCCUGCAUUGGAGAGAAAUGCAAGAAGCCACUGGAACCUGGCAGUACAGAACUUGACCUUAAAUGUUCGCAAAAUUUUCUCUGAUACUGACCCUGAGCUUUUUGAGGAGUGUUUGCUCACGUUUCAGGAAGAUGAAGCACAAGAGAAUGAAAUGAAAUCGAAACGCGAAGCCAUGUGGAAGCGCUUAGAAGAAAUGGCUUCAAUGAAAGUUUCGGUUAAAGAAGCAGUGCUUGUCUCUCCAAGAAAUGCCACUCGUGCUUCUUCUGGCUAGAGAGAGGUUUCCGUGAGUCAGAUUCUAGUGGUUUGAAACAUAAAUUGGUGAUUGAACCACAAAGUCAAAGACAGCAGCCCCAUUUUGGUUUAGCACGUCUGGAUUGUAUAUAUUCAAUUGGAUGGACAAAGCAAAUGGGUGCUGCAGAUCGCCUUGGUAAUGAAAGAUUUAGUCUGCAAAGUAGUUGGGAAAGGAAACGAGGAGGAAGAGUUCGAAUUUGACAUGUAUGAGCUACAUUUUUAUUUUUUUGGUGUAUUUGGUUCAAUGGAAGUAGGCUCAAAUCUUCUGAUUUAUUAAUAUGUAUCAUCGAACUUUGUUGUUUUU